AUGGCCUCCCUCAAGUCUCCAUCUCGAAUCAUUCAACUUGCGACAACGAUCCUCGAAUCAGUAACAAUAAUAGAUCAUGGCCUUGCUUCAGAUGGCAUUGCUUCACCAACCUUUGACGAAGCUUCGUUCAAAAUCCUGCCCGAGUUGUCCGCACAUCACGAUGCUGUGCUUGAUGUCAUUUCUGAGCUUCUCGAUCUCUUGCUAGAGCCUUUGGAUCUGAUCCACAGGCAUAGCGGCGCCAUUUCAGAGUUCAAAAUUGCAGAUUUAGUACCACUCCGAGGCCAAAUAUCAUGCGACGACAUCGCCACCCAAACGCCAAUUACGAGUGAGAUGACAGCGCGCCUCCUGAGAUACGCCAUGACUAUGCGUAUCUUCCGCGAACCUGAGCCAGGUAUGGUGGUGCACACGGCUGUUUCUGAGCCAUGCGCCGGUCAAUGA